AUGUCCAAACGCAACAAUUCCUCUGAGCCAGGCGGCCAAACUGCCACUGCUACCAAAAGGAGCCGCACCGCCCACGCGUGCGAUUCGUGCCGCGUGCGAAAAUCACGGUGCGACGGCGCCAGGCCUUCGUGCGAUAUAUGCACCUCGAUGGGACUCGUGUGCCACUACCGGACGCCGGCGAGGCCAGUGCCGCAGACGGCCAAGGACGAGCAGGUUGCCCGCAUGGAGGGCCGUCUCCAGGCCAUGGAGGCCAUGCUCAAAGCGGCACUGGGCGGCGCUUCUGCUGAACAUACUAAUUACGCGGCUGCCCCGGCCGAGGAUGACCAUUCUCGUACCUUUAUCAACAUCACCACGCCAGUCAGUAUCGAGGAUAUCCAACCAGCGGAAAGAGGGCCGGGGAGUGCGCGUGACACGGACUGCAUCAGUAGUGCCGGCGAAGCCGUGGACGGCAUGGCGGCAAUAUCGUUUCGGGAUGAAGAAGGGUCGGGGUACUUUGGUCCAAGUUCAAACUCCUCGCUCUUCAACCUCAUCAUGGCUGCCGCCGCUGAAGUGGACGAGAGUCAUCCCAGCCCUACAGAUUCGACUGUGAAGCAAAAUCUCAUCUCCCGCCCGACUUCCCCGCCUUUCCCCAAGACAGGUGGGCAGCAUGUCCGCUCCAACAACUCUUGCACGCUGCCACCCGAGUACGAGAUCAUCGAUAUGGUGGAAAGAUUCUUUGGCAGCACCGGCCAGCUUUUUCCUUAUUUACACAAACCCACCAUUCUCAAGAGCCUAGCCUCCAUGAGGAUGUCUGGCUUCCAGAAUGUCAAGCGCUCCCAACUCUGUAUCUUGAACCUGAUCAUGGCCCUCGCAUGCGUUUUCGGCACCCACCAUCUCCCAAUCACCGAACGGGUCGAUAGAGGCAAUGUUUUCCUGUCUCGGGGCUUGGUGCUCUUGCAACAAGAUCUUGCGAAAAGUGCCAGUCUUGAAUCAUUGCAAGCCCUGGUCCUGUUGGUGCAGUACUUUGAGGGGACGCAGUCGGCUGCGCAAACUUGGAAGCUACACGGCACCGCAGUCAAUGUCGGGUUGCAAUUGGGCCUGCAGCAGCCCAUGCAGGCUCAGUGCAGUGGCCCGCUUGAGGCGGAAAUCCGCAGACGCACGUGGUGGGCGUGCUUCAUGAUGGACAGGAUGUGCAGCAUGACGUUCGGACGGCCUCCUCUAAUUGCAAACAAUCUCAUGUGUUGCGGCCUUCCUUCCGACGUGGACAUAGGGCAAUGGGAGGAUAACGAGGAGAUGCUGUAUGCUACGCAAAACGCCAGGAAGCCAUUGGCUAAGGCAUUUUUCAGCGAGACAUCAAAACUGAACCUCCUCGUGGGAAACGUGAUCAGCAAAAUCUACCAGGACAACGUCAAGCACGAUCCAGAUCUGACCUGCACGGAAAUCCUUCAGGAAACCAUCAAGUUGGAGAAGCAGCUAAUGGAGUGGAGGCAAGCUCUCCCGUCUCAAGUUCAGUUGAUCUCGCUCCAGGACAUUGACAAGGGGUCAAACAACCAUCGGUCUCGAAUCGUCCUGACAUUAAGAUACCUGAAUACACGAACGUUGCUGCACAGAGGCAUCGUCACACAGUUCCUCCGUGUAUCCGCUGGCUUAGCAACUCUCGAAGGCCCCGAGUUAUCGUUACUUCGGAGCUACGGGCUGAACAGUCUCGAGACCUGCUCCGAGACGUCCAUGAACUCAAUCGACAUCAUCUGCCGCGUGGCGAACAACGAAAGCCUGCUACCGGUGUGGUGGGUAUCGAUAUACUACGGUACGCUCCUUUCGAAGAUCCUCUUGCAGGGCGAUUGCGCGAUAGAUAACUGCUUCACAGCUUUCAACUCCGCCUUGAUCCUCUUCGGCAUCAUCGUCGUCCUCCACAAGCACCGCAUGCACCUUCGCCAGACGAGACUACACGACCUGCUGGACAGCGUAACGACGGCUUGCAAAGUGCUUCCGACGAUUGGCGGAGGAUCGCAUUUGGUGAUGCGGUGUCAGAAGAUCCUGAACAGUCUCAUGCAGACGGCAUCCUCGCUCGACAUUGGCUCGCGGCAGGGCUCGAACAAUUUCGCGGCCAUUGAAUACAGUCAGCCCGUAGCUGAGGCGCCCGCAGCCCAGGUGCCAGACCGACUGCUUCAUGAUUUUCACUCGCAGAUUACUGACGCUAUUUUCUUUCCUUCGUUGGAUAUCAAUUCGACUUUUGGCUUUUCGUCGUUUGAUAAUGAAUGUCUAUGA